CUCCUCCUCUCCUUCGUGCGCAAGAGUGAAUGUCUGGGAGGCGCGCGCAGGAUCCUCAGCGGUAGAAGGCGCGCAGUCUCGCGCUCCGGCUCGCGGCGCUCAGAUCGCGGACGGUGUCUCGAGCCGCUUGUGGAGGAGGAGGAGGGGCAGAGGGGGGGGUCUGCUUCAGACGGAGCGCGCGGAGAGCCCGGGGGGGGGGUACGGAGCGAUGGGGACCCUCAGCCGCACUCCCGCCGUGCACGAGCCCUGAUAUCGCCGCUCUCGCUCGCGCUCUUCUUUCUUUAUUCUUUAUCUCUCGGACGGGAUGGUGGUCCGGCCGCGGUGACCGGGACCCCCUCCAUGAGCAGGACACGGAGGGACGGAGGAGGGGUACCCGGGGAGGGCAGCGGGGGGAUUAUGGCUCUCGCCGGGCUCGCGCUCGUUUUCCUUACCAACUUUUACGUGGCCGAGGGCAGCAGGCACGCGGUGUACUGGAACAGCUCCAACAUCCAUCUGCGGAGGGAAGGCUACACCCUGCAGGUGAACGUGAACGAUUACCUGGACAUCUACUGUCCGCACUACAACAGCAGCCAGAGGGGCGUGGCCGAGCAGUACGUGCUCUACAUGGUCAGUUACCGCGGUUACCGCACGUGCGACCCGCAGCUGGGCUUCAAGCGCUGGGAGUGCAACCGCCCCCACGCCCCGCAUGCACCAAUCAAAUUCUCCGAGAAGUUCCAGCGCUACAGCGCCUUCUCGCUGGGCUACGAGUUCCACGUGGGGCACGAGUACUACUACAUCUCCACGCCCACUCAUCACCAUGGCCGAAGCUGCCUGAGACUGAGAGUGUACGUCUGCUGCUCAACAGCAGCUGAUGCAGAUGAUGAGCCUCAGCCCACAGAGCCAGACUACACUCUGAGACCCAACAUCAAAAUUGAUGACCUCGAUGACUACGACAACCCUGAGGUCCCUAAGCUGGAGAAGAGCAUCAGUGGGAGCAGCCCGUCCAGGGACCGCCUCCUCGUCACCGUGGCAACGCUCUUCCUCGUCACGCUGUCCAUCUCCUAGCACCCGCCUCCGGGGCGCCGCGAUGCCAACGAGGCCUGGGGGGGAACGUAGCAGAGGGCAGGGGGCGGGGCCUGGUGGUGGGCCGGCAUGGAUCAGGGAGGAACUUGAACUGCGGGGACGAACGGGAAACAGGAAAGGAUGCGGAAAAGUUUCGGAAAGGACACCGCUGUGACUUUGCUGGACGAGCAACUGAACAAAUGAACGAAUGAACAAACAAACAAAUAAACAAACAAACAAACAAACAAACGAAAAAAAUAACACCGAGGUUUCAUCACUGGUGCUACCGUGAUCCUGACGGGAUGCUAAAGCCUUCGGUGGAACAGGAACUCACCACAAUAGCAUUGCCGUUCAGCUCAAGCUGUACCACCAGACAGUGUACGAGUGUGUGUGUAAGUGUGUGUGUGUGUGCGUUUCAGUAUGCGUGUGUGUGUGUUCAGGCACAUGCUGUUUGAAAAUCCUUAUUUACUUCAUGCAAGAUCACCCCUUCACUUUGAUUGGCUGACAGCUCCAUUACUUGCUUGACUUGAGUUGGCGCUUAGAUCCAUUAUAAUGCUAAAUAUUAAAAUUUAACUCGCUAGCGCGGAACAGCAUUGGCAAAGUUCGCUUCCUAAACAAGAAACGCCUCCAGUUUAGUGCAGUUUUGGGCCGUACACAGUUUUAGGCACUUUAGUAAACUAAAAAAAGCGGCAAAAAGACUUUAAGACUGAAAUGAACAGAACAGCUGGAUCCACAUCUGCUAUAAGCAUUGUACCAAAUUUGUUUUAAAGCCAAGUUUUAGUUUUAAAAACUAGUUUUUAGUUUUUUUAUUUUUAAAAAAUAGUUUUGAGAUUUUUUUAUUGAUUUCUGCAACUUUUCUUUUAUCUGAGGUCAAAAGCGUAUACAAUAUAUACAGUACAUACAACACAUCUACUGUAUUUUUCAGAUUAUAAGGUGCAUCGGAUUAUAAGUUGCAUUAAGUUGUCUAGUAAGGGCGCCUACAUCGAAGUGAGCAAGGGAGUCGCCAUGUUUCUCUUCUAAAAGAUUUCACAGAUUUCUUUCCUAAGAAACAUUUUUAGUAAAGUUUCUCCAGCGCUAAGGCUGGGUGCAGCAGCAUUAGCAUUAGAAUUAGCAUUAGCCGCUAACUGCAAGCCAUGAAGAGAUAACUACCAAGGAACUAGUAAGUCGCCAGCAUCAUGUGAUCGGAGUAAUCGUUAAUAGAAGAAUUCUGCAUUUAAUACAGAAUUUAAAUUGAACUGGAAGCAAGUGCAUUUCUGAUCUGAUGGCGUGAUGAAAUUGGGGGCGACAAAUCUCUACUGUUACGGUUACUUUGUGAAAGGCAAAAUAAAAAAAAAGUGGUGGAAAAGUGAAAGGAAACAGCAGAAGGUAAAAAUGUUCAAUUCAUUAAAUAAAUAAUCAAAUAAAAAUUUAUAUUAUUAGUUUAAUUAUAAAAAAAGACUCAUUUGCAACUCAAUUCCUAAUAGUUGCUGCGUUCUCAGUUAGCAUUUAUUUUUUAACCAGUUAUCAGUUUAUUAAUGAAGAUAAAUACUGUAGCAAUACUUUUUUUUUUAAUUCUUAAUGAGAUAAUGCCAUUUUUUUAUUUUAUUUUUAAAUAUAUCUAUUUUGCAGUGAUUUUGCAGUGCAUAUGAAUGUGUAUGUGUGUUAACGUGUAUGUAUGUAUGUGUGUGUGUGUGUGAGUUUGCAUAGAGCCGAACCCAGGCCCUGUAUAAGGUGGUAAUUGCCAGUUUGGGGACCUUUUCUCUACUGGACUGCUUUCUCUACACUGAGGCUCUGUCCUGGUUUUUCCUGACUUUAUCGUGAAGGUUAUCUGACCCGUGGACUCCGGUGGACGCACGGAGAAGCAGGAGCGUUUCCGAGAUGCCAGAUGGAUUCUGGCUGGUCUGGCUGGUUGAGGAACAAAGCUAAGCUAAGCUAAGCUAAGCUAAGCUAAGCGGACCUCCAGUGGCACACAGCUAGCAGCAGCACUCAGCUAACAUGGACUACAACUUCAAGAAUAAGACAAAAAACAAAAACUACAUCUCCGAACGGACUGACACACAUUAAACCUACACUUUUGCUAUAAUACAUGCAGAUAAGUGCUUUUGGCAUGGGGAGUUGUCGUGUUCUUUCUGGAGCAUAUAUCCUCUAUGUUGCUUAAAGGGGAAUUCGACUGAUUGUUCAAAAUUUCUGCGUGAGUUAAUGAUAAGGUAAGAUGUAAACUUUAACUUAAAGUCUUUAGAAUUAGUUUGGUGUGAAAUCCCAGCUAACAGAGAACAUUACAAUAAUGUUUAACAGUGCUUUGAAAAGGUUCGAGGAAGGUUAACCUACAAAAUAUCCAUUUCACACUAAGCUACUCUUAAUGACUAUAUGUUUACAUCUUCUAAUAUAUUGAAUUAUGUGGAAAAUUUGAAAAAUCAGUGGAUAAUCAGGUGGAAACCACACAUACUGUCUGUCAAAAUGUUGGAAACACCUUGCUUUUCUACAUGGUUUUAUUACACUAGUACUGUAUUAUUUUCUUCUUUGUUGCGUUAGCAUUGAAUUAUCAUAAUAUACUAUAAUUAUAAAGCAGUUGGAAGGAUCAUGACUAGCAUGGGUCUUUCAUUGGGUAAUUUAGAGAACGUUAUAAGAACGUUUUGCAACAUUUCUACAUUUGUAAAUGGUUCCAAGAAGGUAAGCAAUGGUUUGCUUUACAACGUUAGAUUAGAACAUUAUUAGAACGUUUCUUACUUACUUUUCCCAGCUAGAUGAAUUCAAACAUUAUGAAAACGUUAAAAGUAACAUUCCCAAAACUAAAAAAAAUAAAAACACUGACACAAGUGACAAUGCAGCACCAAUUUAAAAGUUUAAAAGGUUAAAUAAAAAUGGUUUAGAACAUCUAAAAAAAACAUGAGAGAUUGAACAAUUCAACAAUUUAAGAAAAUUAAAAGUAACUUCAAACCUUCACAGUUUUCUAUAUAUAGUCUAUGGUACAGAACAGGGACUCCAAUAAAAAUAAA